AUGGUUCGUCCCGAUCUACACCAGUUAAGCCCUUUUGCACUCUUCCCAAACCCUAAUAGUAUUGGAGACGGGAUUAUAUAUGAGACGAGAGCCCAACUACCGGUGGAGCACAACCACAAUCACAAUCAGCAAAGUUUUUACAACUCUAUCGGACAGUCAAAUACUAUAUCCAUACCAAUUGAGACCAAUGGUCUUGAGACACAGCAAGAGUUGCAGCGCCCGAACACUGAUGACAGUGAGCACAGUAAGGGCAGUGGAAUUGUUUUUGACCAAAAAUAUUACUGUGAAGACAACGACAAACUACUGAAUGGUGAUGAGGAGGAGGAGGAUGUGGACAGGGAGGAAGAGGCCAUUAUUAGCCGCACCGCUGCCUCUGUGAAUGCAUGCGAUUCCCUCAACCUAUCCAACUGUUUAGAGACCCACAAAAGGCAACUCUUUUCCUCAUUGAAUGCCAUGAUAUCGCACGACAAACGGCUGGCCAACGAAGGUGUGGGUUGUCUACGAGUUCUUGAGAUUGGUAUCGGAAGUGGCAAUAAUCUCAAGUAUUAUCCGAGGAAUACACGCCUGAUUACCAUUGAACCCAAUCCACACUUUCGCACCAAAUUUGACGCUAAACUCAAAGACUUUCCGAGUAUUAUAUUAGAGAAAGCCGUCACCGGAACCGCUGAAGACAUGUCGACCAUCGAAGACAAUUGUGUUGAUGUGGUUGUGUCCACUCAUGUAUUGUGUUCCGUGUAUGACAUCCAGCAGUGUCUCAAAGAGAUCCGACGCGUGUUAGCACCGGACGGAAAGUUCAUUUACGUGGAGCACGUGUCGUACGAAUUGGGAUCUCUUGAGCACCGGUUCCAGUCAUGGAUUGAGUACUUCUGGAGACUAGUCAACGACGACUGCAGAAUAACUCUACAAACGAGUCGAUACAUAAGAGACGCAAACUUCUCGUCCGUCGACGAGAAGUCAGUGCUCGUGAAGGAGUUGUUCAUCACUUUAAUAAGACCUCAUAUUUUCGGAAUCGCCUCCAAAUGA